AUGGGCUCCCAAAUCUUAAAAACCAAAGCGUCUAGCGCCCUGACAAAACCUUUACCUCCAAACUAUCAUGCCCUCGUUACUCCGGUUCUCCACCGAAGAUUUGUACGUGCGUCAUGGACCACAGUAACGAUCGCCUACGUUGCCAAUAUAUUGAUGGAGAAUGUCUCUGGAUGGCCAUGGUCUGCUUUCCCGCUUGGUCGUGCCGGAAUCAACGCCCUAGUCCUUUUUUUCUUCCUAAUGCCGGUACUCGUUUUGCGAAUCGCGCAACUUGCUACUACAUCGAACAAAAGUCUCUCUGAUGUACAUUGUCUUAUACGCUCAAUUUCCGAUCGAAGGCUCCUGAGGUGCAUUCUCUACUAUACCCUUUCCGCUUGGUUGAUUAUCCAAUUUUACCUCUGGAAUACGCUGCCAGGCUCAGAUCUCGGAAUCAUGACAGAGUCAAUCUACCACGGUCAUUGGGAACUGAAUGAGCGCUCCCUCUAUCUUGGAUUCUACGCCAUUCCUCUGGGAGUUAUUCAAGGCCUCAUCCAUGUCUGGAUUGAUAGGGAUUUUUUGAAACUGCACGAUGGAGAAAAAUCCUUUACGCAAGCAUUCCUCGAAUCUACCGUCAAGUCAAUCCAACGAAUUGGCACCACAAUAAUUGUGUCUGUUAUCUCGGGGCCACUGAGUUAUUGGAUAUUCCGGCCAAUUGUUUACCGCGUUGGCCGUUUAGUUGUGGGGUCAUUUACUAGAAUCGAGCCCGAAGAAGUAUCACAACCGAUGUCGGACAAGAUCGAUUUGUUCUUUCGGAGUAUCUGGCUCACCGUUCUCAUUGUCGUUGCCUGGGAAUCGACGAAUCUUUCCUUUGCUGUCGAAUUCGGGAAAGGUCCGAUCAAGGAUGGAAAAACCAUUAGUGAAAUAUCGCCCGAUCCAAAUGGUUCUUUGAUUCUGGGCUUGAAACUUAAAAAAAAACCCCUCUCUCGCCGCCUAGCUUUCAAGGAGCUAUCCUACAUCGCCAAUGAGAUGCCCUCACGCCGUGAAACCAUAUUUAAAGAACUCACAAAACCCGUCUAUACACUGAACCAGAUCAUCACUGAAUGCCGAGAAGCCAUCGCACCGAUCGUCACGAACUUAACACCCCCGCCCGAUGCCCCCACAAAUGCCGCUGAUCAAAAGAGCGUUUCACCGGUCAAAGAGAUCAAGGGAUUUUCACCUCAGAAGCCAAUUGAAGAGAAUAUAAUGCGUACCCCGGCGAAACAAAGCGCUUUCGAACAAUGGCAGGCUACACCGAGCAAUAUGCCAAAGUCGCCGAUCAGCCUAGAUGUUCUCAAAGCCCAACUCGUCAAGAAAGAAGUCGUCGAAACUAAGUUCUACGAAUUUCUGAACCCUAUAUUCCAUAGCCGAUACGGGGACGCUCUUCGGUUGACGAUUCAGCGAAAGACUACAAGUCUGCUCCCGGACGCAAGCGCUCAGGUUGAUGCGGUCAAUGCGCUCGUUGGGUUUGCCCUAGCUUCGUUGAAAGAGGACACAUACGGGACUGUUCAGAAGGAGCUUGUGUGCAUCCUUGAAGACUUUACCAAGAUUUCUGCCGUCUUAGAAAAAUACAUGGCAGAGCCUCCUGUACACUGGACGGACAUCCACGCAAAAGAGGCUUUAUCCAAAAACAGUGCAACGGAGAAAAAUGAUCUUUAUCCUGAGGCUGUUGCGCUAUCUUCUGCUGUUAACGAUGGGCUACAGAAAAUCGGUGAUGCAUUCGAGAAAUACUUCAAUAAUCUCGGGCUGUCUGUUGAUGCCAGGCGGAAGAUUAGGCUUGUUCGUGAAGCCGCGAAGAAAAAAGCUAUUGCCCCUGCAGCUACCCCUGCCCUAGCCCCCGCCUAA